AUGGAUGGUCUUAGUGAAGGUGUAAAAGAAAUUAUCAGCAAGUACCCGGUUUUUGAAGCCAUCGAUAGGGGAAAGCUACGUUGUACAGUCACCGGACACGAGUUGCCAGCUCGUGUGGAACUUCUUGACUCAUAUACGAAAACUUCGAAGUUUCUUCGCUCUUUCAGGGUCCAUCAAAUUAUGGAGGAAUAUGGAGAAUAUUUUGAUGAUCUUGGGUCAGUUAUCACUCCAUGUUUCUCGGAUCAGACGUUUCUUGUGAAUCGUUAUUUAAACAUUGAAAUAGCUUUCUAUUAUAGAAACGACAGAGUUGGAUGUAAGGUAACAAAAAAAAUCAUAGCCAAGGAUCCAGAUGAUCUAAGAAGGCAUAUUGAGGGCAAAAAGUUUAAAGCCGCUAUGGAAAGAGGCUCUUUUGACGAUGAACAUGAAACGACCGACGAUGAAAGCGAUAGAAGCAUCAAUAGCAAUGACGUUUUUCCAAAAAAUAUGGACGAAGAUACUUUUGAUGACGACGAUGAUGAUGAAGAGGAGGGAAUGGAAGAGGAUUACCCGGAGUUUGCGAACAAAAGAGACGAGGACUUGUCAGAAGAUGACAACUAUGAUUUUUCCGUCAUGGACACGGAGAAGGAUACAGACAUGAAUAACAGGAAAAGGAAAGUAAGCUUUUAA